AAACAUUCAUGAUCCUUUUUUUUUUGUUUAUAGUAAACUAAAGUCUCUAAUGAAAACAGUCUUUUUAACUUACAAAGAAGUAUAUCAGCUUGUCUAAAAUGUGUUAAGUUGUACAAGAGAGGUGACGUUUCCUCAAUUAUAUCCAAGUUCACUAGCAGGAAUGAGCAUGAAGUAUGUAAAGGAGUCAGUAUAGUUCUUAAUAAAGCAUAAUGGUCUGUAGUACUACAGUAUCAUUAGGAAAAGUUCAUAGUAUGGGAUGCAUUCCACAAAAGGUUGUGCCUAAAUUAAGCCAUGUAUAUAAGGAGGAUAACAGAAUGUUUCCUCGUGUAUCCCAGCUUUCGCGUAGUUCUCAGAGAAGAAUGUUUUGGACAGUGAAAUCUUCAUUGAGUAAUAAGGAGAAGCAACUGAGAGCCUUAGAUUCUUACUUCCAAAAGCUUCAUGAUAGCACGGGAGCUUCAUCUUCGAUUGAGAUAGAAAAACUAACAGGCAAAAAUCAUCGACCUAAAGCAGAGAAGGCACUGCGAUCUUUGGAUUACUUUCGUGGAAAAGAGCCAAAAUUCCAUACAUUUUCAGCUUCUGAUGAGAGUACAAUUGAAGAAGCAUCAUAUUUUUCCAUGAAAAUGAUCAACAGAGGUGGCAGGGUUAAGAAACUAGAACAGUACAUGAAGUUAAAAGCUAAAGAUAUUGAGAGUUCGAACGAAGAAUCAUCUAGUUUUUACUUGAUAGGAAUACUGGCUUCUAUUAACAUUGCAGUAUUCCUGUUCGAGACAGCUAGUCCAGUCAGGAACUCGGAAGUAGGGAUGUUGUCACUACCAAUGGUAUAUGGCGCAAAGAUAAAUCAUUUGAUCCUACUUGGUGAAUGGUGGAGGCUUCUAACACCGAUGUUUCUGCACUCAGGAGUCCUUCACAUAGCCCUUGGUUGUUGGAUGCUUCUAAGUUUUGGGCCUCAAGUAUGUAAAGCAUAUGGUUCAUUUCCAUUUUUCCUGAUAUAUGUUCUUGGCGGAAUUUCUGGUAACCUCAUCAGUUUUCUUCACACCGCAGAGCCAACUGUUGGAGGAACUGGACCUGCUUUUGCUCUAAUAGGAGCUUGGCUCAUUUAUCAAGUCCAGAACAAAGACAUGCUAGGAAAAGAAGCUUCUAAAAGCAUGAUCGAAAAGGCGAUAAUAGCAACUGCUAUCAGCUUUGUACUAAGCAACUUUGGGCCUAUAGAUGACUGGGCACAUUUUGGAGCAACAUUGAUGGGAAUAGCAUAUGGUUAUCUUAUAUGUCCAAGUCCUCAAGUGGAAAAUAUUGCAUCUUCAGAAAGUGGUCAAAAAGAAGGAAUCACAUUUGUUAAACAAUAUUCAGAUCCUUGUAAAUCCCUUAUUUACUUCUCAGUCUUUAUUCUGCUGUUUGCUUCUUUGCUUAUGGUAAUAGAACCUCCUCUCAACUCAAUAGCUGGAGCUGGAGACAAGUUCUAUAUAAGCUGAAACAGGGUGCUUAAAACCCUAUACCUUUAUACGUAUAUAGGCGUGUUAUAUACAGAUUUUGAAUAAAUAAGCUUUACAACAACAAAAAAACUACUGUUGAUCUCUGCA